AUGAAUAAACUAUUUAUAUUUGUAAGUCUUUUAUUGUUCAUAAAUUGUGAAACUAUAAGAAAAUCUGAACCUUGUACAUGUACAUAGAUGUUAACAUAAGUUGAUUGUUCAAAAAAGAAAGAUUGUAUUUGGGAUAAGUCAAAAUAUUAAUGUAUUGAUUACAAAAUAGAAAUGAAUAUAUAACAUGCUGCAUAUUGUAAUCAAUAUAUGAACAAAGAAAAUUGUAGUUCAGUUUUCUAAUGCUCUUGGGAUGAGGAUAGAUGCACUCAUUUUACAGGAUGUACAGCCUUUUUUUAUGAUACACAUUAAAAAUGUUAAGCUAUUUCACAUCGAUGUAUAUCAGAUGGAUUACAUUGUGUUGAAAUAGGUGAUUGUUAGAGUUACUUAAGUCCAAUUUCAUGUAUAAAUAAUUCAGUAGGUUAAUAUUGUUAUUGGAAUGCCUCUUAAGCUAUAUGUUAAGAUGCAGAUGAAUGUUCAAAGUUACCAUAAAUAUUAGACUCUGAUUCUUAAUGUCGAGCUCAAAUUUCUAAAUGUACAGCUUAGAUUGGAGGAGGAUGUGUUGAAGAAGGAAAUAAUUGUUAUGAUUAAGAUGAUUAAAUAAACUGUGUCUAUAAUAAAAAAAAUAACCAAAUUUGUUUUUGGUUAGAUGGAAAAUGUUUAGAUAAAAUAUGCAAAAAUGCUCCAUAGACUUUAACAACUGAUAAAUAAUGUCAAGAUUUCCAUCCAUCUUGUACUACAAAAUAAGAAGGUGGAUGCAUUGAUAGAUUAUUAUGUUCAACUUAUUAAAUAAAGGAAGCUUGUAAAAAAGAUGCUAUUGGUAAUGAUUGUUAUUGGACAGGAAAAUAAUGUGUUGACAAAAUAUGUGAGAAUGCCUUGAAUACUUAUAAAACAAAUGAAAUAUGUUAAGAAUACUUGGAUACUUGUAUAACAAAUGGAAAAGGUUGUGUAUUAAAUUCAAAUUGUGGAGCAGCCAUAAUAUAAGAUGCAUGCAAUAAAACUAUGUAUGGUACACUAUGUCAUUGGAAUGGAAAUGUUUGUGUACCCAAGACAUGUAAAAAUGCAGGUCCUUCAUAUAUCGGACAUGAUUAAUGUACAUAAUAUAUGGAUACAUGUACUGAGUCCACAGAUGAAAGUACAGGAUGUACAGAAAGAACUUGUGAUAAUGCUCCAUCGUCAUUUAAUACUUAUACUUAAUGUAUGAAUUAUAUAUAAAAUGGAAAUUGUAUACCUUAAUUUGGAGGUGGUUGUAGAAUUAAUACAAAAUGUGAGGAUAAUAUGUUAAAGGAAAGUUGUGUAAGGGAUGUUAAUAAUUAAGAAUGUUUUUGGUGGAAUGGCAAAUGUGAAUUGAAAAUAUGUGAAAAUGCUCCAUUAGAAUUCAAUACACAUGAAUUAUGUUAUGAAUUUAUGAAUACUUGUACUAUAGGAUCAGAUUAAAGAUGUGUAUCUCUGACUUGUGAAAAUAUAUAAGAAAAAUCUAAUUGUAAGUUUGAUUUGAAUAAUAAAACAUGCAUUUUUAAUGAGGGUUGUUUUAAAAAAUAUUGUGCAUUGGCUCCAAAGUAUUUACAAAAAUUUAAUGAUUGCCAAACUUACUUAUCAUCAUGUACAGUAGAUAAUUCUGGGUCUGGUUGUAUGGAAUUACCAAUUAUAUGCGAAGCUAUAACAAGAAGUGAAGGAUGUUAUUUAACUGCUGGAAGAAAAGAAUGUGGUUGGUAUAAAGGAGUAUGUAUUGAAAAAUCUUGUUAAACAGCUUCAUAAGCAUUACAUUCAACAUUUGAAUGUAGUCAUUAUAUGGUUGGAUGUGUAGUUAAUAAUGAUCUAGCAGGAUGUAUGAAACCACCAAAUUAAUGUGAUUAAAGAUAGCAUUAAUAAAAUUGUCUAUAUGAAUAAUUUGAAGGACUUUAACCAAGAUGUUUUUGGAGUUAAGCCUCAUAUUUUUAUGGAUUAUGUAGUGAUAUAACAUGUGAGAAUGCCCAUCUAUACUUUGAAUUAUCAGUUACUUAAUAUGAUUGUUGGGAUUUUUAUGGAUUAAAAUGUGUUUUAGAUAAUACUUCAAAUAGGUGUUUAGCAAGGCCAAAAUAUUGUUAUGGAUUAGGAGUUGAAGCUUGUACUUGGAAUAGAGUAUUAGAAAAUGAUUAGAAUUGUUAUUGGAAUGCAGAAUUGAGUUUAUGUAGAGAUUAUUCAUGUUCCAGCAUCACUCUAUAAUUAUAUUCUCAUGAAUCAUGUUAAUAAGCUAUGUAAUAAUGUACUGUUAAUUAUAAUGGAUGUACAGAUCUAUUAAAUUGUUCUUAGUAUGUAAGUGAAUAUCAGUGUGUCUUGUCCAAAGAUUAUAAUAAAUGUAUUUGGUUUAAUUAACAGUGUAUUGAUAUACCUUGUAAUUAAGAAAUUUAAUCUGAAGAUUUUAAUUAAUGUUAGAGUAUUUCUAAGAAUUGUGUUCCAACAACUUUAAAAUGUACUCUUAAAAAAUCAAAAUGUGAAGAUUUUAAAUCGAAGAAAUUAUGUGAGUAAUCAACUAUUGAUUGGAAAAUGAUUUGUAGAUGGAAUGGUUGGAAUUGUGAAAAUGUGUAUAAUUAUUCAACAUCUGAUUUUGAUUGUUAUUCAGUUAAGGCUAAUGGAUUAACUUAUGGAUAUUGCUAAUUCAUAAAUUCUAAUUGUUCAGUAAAUAUAUAAGGUAGUUCAUGCAUUAAAGCUGAUUAUUGUAUGUAGUAUAAAGAAGAUCAAUGUCUUUGGGGUAUAGAUGGAGAAUGCAUUUGGAAUAAGAAUUAUUGUUAACAAAGAAGUUUAGACUGUGAAUAUGCUAAACCACCUUAUACUGCUGAUACUUGUCAAACUCAUAAUUAUAGUUGUACUAUAAAGAUUGAUGGAACUGGAUGCGUUUAAAUAGUUGAUACUUGUUAAAUCACACCUCUUGAAAAUUGUAUCAGGUCAUGGAAUUCUUAUUGUUAUAAAAAAUAAUUUGAAGACAUCUGCAUAUCUCCAUGGGAAUAUCCAUUAUCAAAUAGCGACUGUUCUUAAGUAAAAGGAAAAGGAUUGAAUUUUGAUUACUGUUAUGGUAUAAGUUAUGGUUAAUGUUCAGUUAAUGCUUCUGGAACAUCUUGUGUAACAAUAAGAAAUUAAUGUUCAUAGUAUACUCAAGAGUAAUGUCGAUAAUUAACUUAUGCAAACUGCAUUUUUAUAGAGUCAUAUUAAUAAUGUAUUGAAUUUUAUAUUUGGAAUAAUUCUUGCACAGAUAUAAAAUUAUACUAGCUUGCAAGCUAUUCAGAUUUUUUAUGUAAAGCAUAUCAUUAUACUUGCAAUGCAUAUGAAGAUGGAUCUGGAUGCUAUUCAAAUUAAAUGCCUAGAGUUGAUUGUGAAAAGGCAAUCUAACCAUUUACAUAUUAUAAUUGCUUUAUAUAUUCUAGUUUAUGUUCUGUUAAUGCUGCAAAAACAAAAUGCAUUCUUGCAAAAAAUACAUGUGCUGAAUAUUAAUUGGAUGAUUGUGAUCAUGCAAUAGAUGAAGGUGAAUGUAAUUUCAACUAAUUGUGGUUAUAGAGAUGAUGGAUGCUAUAAUAAACGAAAGUGUAACCAAUAUAAAGAGAAAAAAUCUUGUAUAAUAAAUACAUAAGGUGAGGAUUGUUUAUGGAAUCCAAGUACUGGAAAAUGUUUAGAUAAAACAUGUUAAAAUGCUGAAGCUUCAGAUUAUUUUGAUAGUCAUGAGGAAUGUAUUAAUAUUGGAAAAUGUACUGUUAAAGCAUCUGUAAAUUAUACAAUUGGUUAAGGAUGUAGACCAUUAGGACCAUGCAAAUCAUAUGUUAUCAUAGAAUAAUGUGUAAAGAAUUUUGAAGAUUAAGAAUGUAUUUGGAAUACUAAUGUAUCUCCAGCAUAAUGUAAUGAUAAGUCUUGUGAGGCAGCUGAAUUAUUCAGAGUAGAUCAUGAAGCAUGUUAAACAUAUUUGAAUGUCUGUACUGUAAGGGUCAUAGAAAUAGAAGGAAUGUUUGUAAGUUAAGGUUGUAUUUAACUUAAAAAUAGUUGUGAUUAAUAUAUACAUUAAAAUUAAUGUAAUAUUGAUGCAUUUGGUAAUAUUUGUGGUUGGAAUGGUGAUUCAUGUGAAAAGCAAAGUUGCAAUACUGCACCAGCAUAUAUAAAUCUACCUUAAUUAUGUUAAUAGUAUUAAGAUGGUUGUACAAUACAUCCUACUAAUUGUGGAUGCACAAGAAUCCCUGAUAGCUGUGAAGAGAUGACUCAAAACUAAUGUUAUAAUGGUUCAAUUAAUAGUAAAUAAUAAGAAUGUUAUUGGGAUUAAAAUUAAAUGAAAUGUAUACUUAAAAUAUGUGAAUUAAUACCAAUUUCAUAUUCAGAGUAUGAAUGUUCAAAUUUUCUAGAUUAUUGUACAAUGAGUUCUUAAAGAUGUAGGAAUACAAUUUGUGAAGAUUAUUCUUUAACAUCAGAUCAUCAAUGUCGUAAUAUAAUGUCUAUGUGUACUACAAAUGGUGUUUAUUGUGUUAAAAGAGGUUCUUGUUUAUAAGCAUAAUCAGAGGCAGGUUGUGUAACUGAUUCUAAUGGUAGAUAAUGUACAUGGAUAAAUAGAUUAAAUAAAUAAUCUUAUUGCAAAAUCAAAAGUUGUGAAACAGCUCCAUUAUAUUUAAAUACUGAAUAAUAAUGUUAAGAGUAUUUCUAACCUACAAUAGGAUCAUGCACAACUACUAAAUUUGGAGGUUGUGUUCUCAAAGGAACAUGUUUUGAUGCUAAUGUAUUGAAUGCAUGUACAACUAGUAACAUUGGAGAGAUUUGUUUAUGGGAUGAAAAUUUAAAUAUGUGUAGAAUUAAAUAAUGUUAAGAUUAUUUUGGUACUACACAUUAAGAAUGUCAAAGUAAAAGAUAAGAAUGUACAGUUGGAUUUAAUUCAAAAUGUGUCAAAAUUACAUCUUGUUAAGAAACUAAAUUUAAAGCUGCUUGUAUUGAAGGUACUGAUGGACCUUGUUUAUGGAUAAGUAAAUAUAAAAAUUAAGAUAAUUCUCUUGGAGCUUGUUUUAGAUAUGAUUCAUGUAAAAGUUUAAAAUGGAACUCACAUGCUUAAUGUUAAGAGAUUUCUACAAAAUGCACAACUGAUGGAAAUUAAUGUGUAUCAAUUACAAGUUGUGAAUAAACUAAUUUAAAUGGAGGUUGUGUAAUUGGAAUUGAUAACAUAGGAAUUUAAAAAUGUAUUAUUGUUUCAGAAUCAUAAAAGAAAGUUUGUAGAACAUUCAAUAAAUGUACAGAUAUUCAUUAUUUAACACAUGAAGAAUGUUAAUAAGCUUCUUCUUUAUGUACAUCUGAUUAUUAAAAUGGUUGUAUUUAAUUACAACCAUGUUUUAAAUAUAAAUAUGAAUAAUGUCAUAUCAAUCAUAUGGGAAUAAUUAAAGAUGUUAACGGAGAAAUAUCAUCAACUGGAAUCUGUAUUUGGGAUUUAAAGACUUCAUAAUGUCGAGAUGAAGAAUGCUCUGAUAUCAUAUCUACAACUCAUUUAGAAUGUUAAUCAAGACUAUCUUAUUGUACAACAAAUGGCUAUAAAUGUAUUCUCAAAGAAUCAUGUUCAUCUUAUUUUUCAUAAGAAAUUUGUGAAAAUGCAGAAGGACUUGAUGGUAAGUGUUUUUGGGAAAUUAGAUUAGACAAAUCAUUUGAAUUAUGUAGAAAAAUGAAUUGUGAAGAUAUACCUAAUGGACAUAUAUAUUCAUCAUGUAAAUAAAUAGAAAAUUGUAUUUCAAAUGGUAUAUAAUGUAUAAAUAAGGCUAAAUGUUCAGAUUAUAAUAUUAAUUAAACUUGUUAUUAUGAAGGAUUAGAUGGAAUUUGUGUAUGGAUUGAGAAUUAAUCAUAAAAUAAUAAAUUAAAAUAAUGUAAAUUAAUGGAGAGUUGUGAAUCCGCAAAAAAUGAUAUAAAUGCAUGUAAAUUAGUUAAAGAUAAAUGUUAUUGGAAUUCAGAUAAAUGUUAAACUCAUACAUGUUAAACUUAUUCUACUUAAAUAGGUAGUUGUAAGAACUUUAAUACAUGGGAUAAUAAACAAAUUCAUUUAUGUCACUAUCAUGAAUAAUAAUGCGUUACAAUUAAUAUUAACACCCUUAAAUAAGUAGAUUGUUAUAUAAAGACAGCUAAGCUUCAUCGAUGGGAUCCAAAUAAAAGUUUAUGUGCUUCAUGUGAAAAAUCUGUUAGAUUAAUAACUGAAUUUAGUGAUAUUCUUGGCAUAUUAAUAAUAUCAUUGUUUUUGAGUUAUUGA